GCGCAGUAGGUAUUUGGGGCAGCUCCCCGGAUGUGACUCGAUUCUGACUGCGGAGAGAAGGAAAGCGCGAGCUGGGAGCGAGGUGGUGGGAAGGUGAGCUCUCAAAUGCAAGAAAAAGUAAACAAGUCAAUAGUUGAAAAGCAUCUGACUACUGCGGCUGUGCCAGUGUGGAUGAAGGAUGCAGACGAUCAAGUGUGUGGUGGUGGGGGAUGGCGCUGUUGGGAAGACCUGCCUGCUGAUCUCCUACACGACCAAUGCCUUCCCAGAGGAGUACAUCCCCACGGUCUUUGAUAACUACAGUGCGCAAAAUGCAGUGGAUGGGCGCACGGUCAGCCUAAACCUGUGGGACACAGCAGGCCAGGAGGAAUACGACCGCUUGCGUACGCUCUCAUACCCGCAGACCAACGUCUUCAUUAUCUGCUUCUCCAUCGGGAGUCCCUCCUCACACGCGAAUGUGCGACACAAGUGGCACCCUGAAGUCUCACACCACUGCCCCAAUGUGCCCAUCCUACUAGUAGGGACCAAGAAGGAUCUGAGGAACGAUGGUGAGACCAUCAAGAAGCUGAAGGAACAGGGCCUGGGGCCGACGACACCACAGCAGGGGAAUUCGCUGGCCAAGCAGAUCGGGGCAGUGAAGUACAUGGAGUGCUCAGCUCUGCUGCAGGAAGGGGUGCGUGACGUGUUUGCGGAAGCUGUGCGUGCAGUGCUGUAUCCCGUUACUAAGAAGAACACCAAGAAGUGUGUGCUGUUGUAGUGCGCAGGGCUGAAAGAGCUGUGGGACUGCAUUGUGAACUAUGUCCCAACGGGUGCCCGCAACCCAGUUUAUGUAGUUCCAGGUUCAGUAGCUGUUUCCCAUCUCCUAUUUGCCCUCUCUCUCUCUCUCUCUCUCUCUCUCUCUCUCUCUCUCUCUCAAAAGGACCUAGCUGCACUGAACCUGCUACCUAGCUGGAGAAUGCUUCCAAUUAUAAUUUUUUUUAAAACAUUUAUUUUUCUUUUAUAAAUUGUCAGUCCAAGGAGUGUCCACCUUGUUGAAAUGGAUUAGUUUUGCCAAAAACCUGCACCUUCCCCUGCGAGGCUUCCAACUUUGCAACGUUCUUUCAUUAUGUUGCUGCCUACCAGGCAGCUGGCUUAUCGGAGAGUUAAAAGGAUGGGGUAAUUGGGUUCAUGUGGAACUGACCAGGAAAGGUGAUGGUUGGGUGGGUGGUAAGGAUUGUAUUUGUGGGUUCUAACUGACAACAACGGUAAAAUGUGUACAAUGUGAUCAGUGCCUUAAGUUGGGAUUUUAAAGCCCAAUUACAACCAUGUAACUGACCCUUUUUUGUCACACUAAAGUAGCAUGGCUAGUUUAAAUAGAGCCUGUUUGGAAAAAUUAAGAUGCAAGUGUCCUCCCCACAACCCAGUCCAACACGGCCCUUCCCCUCCCUCUUCACAGCAACAAUCUUCCUGCUUCCAACGUUAUUGCACCAACAUACCCUUUCUUGAUUUAAAGCCCUGUUGUCCACAGGGAAAGUAACCUAAUACAUGUCUUGCAUAUCUCUUGUUAUUGUAUCCAAUUGUUUAAGCCAGAAUGCUUUUGGGCAGAUGCACUGUUUUGGUCUGGGUUGUACACAACAAAAUAACAUUUAAAAAAAAAAAAAAAAAAAAAAAAAAAAUCAUCUGGAUUCAUUUCAUCUUAAGUGAAACAAAUUUUUUUUACCUUUGCUAAAUUCUAAUGACGUUUUAUAAUGAAGAAUUUAAAUGUUUCUCGAUCCUCAGGGUGAGACUGAUUAGGUGUAACAUAUUCAUUAUUAUGGUGACUGACGGCAUUGCUGACAAGAGGGCUGACAGCUGUCCAGUGCUGUUGAGACCAGCAGUGUUUCACAGCAGGCUUCCCUUCAUUGAAUGAACGAGUGUGUGCGUGUAAUUAACAUUAAGGUAGCCAUCUCUUUCAUGGUAUUAUCAAAAAAUAUUCUGAUCCAAUUAGAAACUACAAAGGUCACAACUCCAGGUACAAUGGAUCAAUUUCCUAAACAAACUUGACAACCACUGCUGCACGCUUUCCUGUUUACCUAACAGUCUUUAUCUUAUUUGUCACUGUGGAACAGACCCUUGGUCCCAUUCUAGCAGUUUGUUCUUGCACCAUAAAAACAGCUUUACAUAUCGUACAGUGUAUGCUGCUGUAAAGAGAAAACAAACGUCCGUGCCUUGUUAUAGCGUUGCCUUAUUUACAGUAGAGAAUGAUGGAGUGUUUGGUGUGUGUGUGUGUGCAAGGUAGUUUCUCUGAAGCAAGUCAGACGAGAACUCUGCUUUAAAUAAUUGCCACAAUGUAAUUAUGGCAGGCAAGGGCUUGAUGUAUGUUGUUGUGGUUUCCAUCUGUUUAAAGCAGCAAUGCAGCCCAGCUGUCCCAGUUGUGGCUUUGUCAAACAUUUAAAGGUGUAACAACAAAGAUUUAAAAACAAACAUCUUUCAAUUUGCCAUACUUCUGUACGGACUCGCGUGAAAGGCAAUACGUUUAUUGGAAAUGCUUCCUUUGCAGGAGGUAUAAGGGCCCUACCUGUACCUCACAUUUUAUGCAGGACAUGGGACUAGUCAAUAGGGGACCCUUGUAUCUACUGGAAAGUGUGUGUGCUUUUCUUUUAUUAACCUUAUCAUGUUUUAUCAGAAUAAUAUGCUGCCUCCAAUGUACAAGGCAUGGAAUAAAAGGCACUUCAAAAAUCGAAUCCAAAAUAUAGGUGGGGCAUAGUUUCCUUAAUUUUUGUUGUUUAAAACUCUGCAAAAAAAAUCUUUUGAGGUACCCUAGACAUUUGACCAUUCAGUAACAAAAUGCUAUGUGUAGGGAAUGUUGUGCUCUUGCUCUCACCCCACCUGAUACUUCUGUUUGUAUAGGGGUGAGUGAUGGGUCUGACUGCUUACCUGACUAUCCAGGUGCUUGAUGAGUCAUGAUGCCCUGUAGGGAAAACAAUUUCAGGUAUCGCGUCACAAACGUCUGUUAUUUCCCAUAAUGGCUAAGUAGUAAUCACUUAAGGGUGCUGAGUUAUUCAUCUCUGUAAGACAAUACACAGAAAAUGUUAGUGUAUUAUUUUAAAUUACUUUAUAGGGUUCUCCAACUGACAUCACAUGGUACAACACUACAUUUACUGCUGAUGUCAGGGAUUCUGUUUACUAUAUGUCAUAACAAACACUUUUAAAAUCUGUAAAGUAUUUGCUCUUCUACCAGGGUUAGUUAAAACCUGAUUGAAUUGAUUCGAGUCCAAGUAAUGUGCCGUAGGUGUUCUUGUUACUCUGUUGCUUUCUGUGUGUAUCCCUUUCAAUUUCAGUAUGUUGGUAGUGAUAGUUACACUGUGCUGCCCAUGCUAAUCUGGUGGUUAACUGACGGGAUCAAAGGUGUUGUUGAGAUGUUAGAGAGGAUCAGCAGCUAAUCAUCACUGUAGAAUGUUAAUAGUGAUGUACAGGUACAUACAUUCUAGGCUUUAGCAAAAAGAAUGUAUACUUUUCAUAACAAUUUUCCCAAUUCUGUAACUGUACUUUAUGUCUGUUCCAGUUAAUUAGAAAGUGCCUACAGUGCAGAAUCACCUUGGUAUGUCUGUGCUAGCUGCAGCUGGUGUUUUCUGCAAGAAUGUACUACCCCGAUUUUUUAUAUAUAUAUAUAUAUAUAUAUAUAUAUAUAUAUAUAUAUAUAUAUAUAUAUAUAUAUAUAUAUAUAUAAAAAAAAUUCAGGUGCAAUGAGUUACAGUAGAAAUACCCAAAGAUUUUUUCCUUAAAAUUGAUUCUCUAAAUGGAAGGGAACAAAGCAUUUGAUCUAGAGAGAAUCCCAUUACUUUAGAGAUGAGUACAGAAUAGAAUGGGACUGUUUUUGAAUCAAUUCUAAAGCCUAACAAUAAAUAUGUUUAUUAUCAGGUAUCAGGUAUUUAAUUAAUUAUAUUCUAGAUAUUUUAAAUCAUGUUAAAAGUCCAGGAUUUUUUAAAGACUCUUAUUUUUAAUCUCUAGCCUUCCAGUUUAUAAGACAUAUCCAUUCCUUUCUGUAGUUUGUUCCAGCAGUAUACUACUGUAAUGUUCAGGCUAAAACAGAAUAGCGCUUCCAAUACACAUAAUCUGACCAGCAUAGAAUGCAGUGCUGUUUACACACUGACUGGGACCAAAGAGCACUGGUGGUUACCGGACAGUUGCUAGAUGCAUACUGUAAUGUGAUUCAUAUUUCAAAAAGAUCCUGUUUCCAACAGAACAAUGAGUUACAGUGAAUGUCCUGGGUUGUAAUAGGGCCCUCCUGUAGCAACAGGCACAAGAGGGAUUUUUGCUAAUAAAUGGAAUGGGAGUGGUGAGGUGAUGAGAACAGACUCCCUACCCAGCCCUUUGGAGAGGAUUAAUCACAAGAGAACUACUGUAUGUGUGUGUGUGGGGAGGUGUGAAGUUAUUCCUACAGCAAGGCUGGCAGACAACUUUUUGUUCUUUCUGUACUGCUGUUCUUUCUACAGUGUUUUGAACAAUUGUGUCCCAUAACUUCUCUAAACUUCUUUACCCUAUCUGAAGUACAGGAUCUUGAUUUCAGAGGACACCCAGGUCUGUAGAUUUGGGUUUUGAAAUACAGUAGUAUAAAACCAUAAAGGUAAGAAAAGAGUUGAUUUAUUGUGGUCUGUCCACCAGGCCCACUAGUUUCUGCUUGUCGCUGCUUGCUAUUGAUUUUUUCUUUUUCAGCAUUUGGUGUUUUGUUAUAACCUUCAGGUUUGGCACAGAUGUCAAUAGAUGAAUGGCAUUUACAGCAAAGAGGCUGUAUAUUAGAAUUCCAAAAGCUGAAAUAAAGGUAGAGGUACAAUUUAGAUUACUGUGUUACUUGGAAAGUUAGAUCUUGUUUGGGUUCUGGGAUUGAUACUUUCAAUUAAUGUCCUGAUGUACUUCUGAGAGUAGCACAGAUUCGGUUCCUAUAGAGAAUGAAUGUGGGAGAGUGUAAAUGUAUGAGAGAGAGAUGGUUUGCUACUUUACUGACAUUUACUGUAGAAUGCUGUCAAAACUAAAUAGAUGAGGCACCCCACAGCAAGUGCCUCGAACCGAUCUGGUAUGGUGUGGUACUAAAUCUAUACACUGGGAACUUGAUUUGUAGAAUUUAACAAAAUGUGUUUGUAUAAAAGGACUAACCGUGAAAUGAUUUUUAAGUUAUGUAAAAUAAAAUUGUAAAGCUGUAAUAA